AUGAAUUUACUUUCAACUGUUAUCACUAUUGCUCUUACCCUGUCCGUUGCCUUAGCUGUCCUAUCCUUCUGACUUCCCUCAAUACACCCAGACCAUGAAAAACUAUCUCCCUACGAGUGCGGUUUUGAUCCCUUAGGAACAGCCCGCCUUCCAUUUUCCCUGCGAUUCUUCCUCGUUGCUAUCUUAUUCCUCCUAUUUGAUUUAGAAAUUGCCCUCUUACUACCACUCCCCUGAGGAGAUCAACUAACAUCCCCUACACUCACCUUCUUAUGAGCCUCCAUCGUCCUCAUUCUCCUCACCCUAGGCCUUAUUUACGAAUGACUUCAAGGAGGACUAGACUGAGCCGAAU